AUGAAAUUGCGGGAAUCCAAAGACCCGAAAACCACCACCUCAACAAACCAGGACAGAAAGGUGAGCUCUCCCCAAAAACAAGACAAAUUACCAAAGCGCGUAAAACGUGGGACCCACGGUCCGUACACGUCAGCAGGGGCGGGGGUGGAGGAGGACGAGGGGCCCAUUGUGUGGCUCGUUUGGCCAUGGGCCUUAACCGUAAAUGGGACCCACGAAAGGGGUGGCUCGUGCAUACUACAGAACGGGGUCAGGGUUUUCCGGGUGCUGCAGAUGGAGUUGUUCGGCUAUGAUUGGGCUCUGCACACAUGGCACAUCCACCAAUACCAACUGUCUGCUCUCCUCUUUUGUGAAACCACGGUUUUAAUUGCUUUGGAUUUUGAUAUUUUUCCAUUUAUAACAUCAUGGAAAUAA